AUGCGGCCCAAUGGGCAUACCAACCGCGAGAAUGGACGCAGCAGACCUUACAUACGAAUCGGAAACGUAAGCGGCGCCACGGGAGAUGCGGCAAAUGCCAUGGCUCGUAUGGUGCAGCAUGGCGAUUGCGAUGUCAUCACUGGAGACUGGCUGAGCGAGAUGAACAUCGCCUGGAACGCCAUUACCAAAGCGGAGAAUCCCGAGCUUGGUUACGAAGUUGGCUUCUAUAACCAGCUGGAGACAUGUAUCGAUGAAGUCGUUGCGAAGAAGGUCAAGAUCAUCACUAAUGCGGGAGCAUUAAAUGCACCUGCACUAAGUCGGAGAGUCGAGCAGCUUUGUGAAGCGAGGGGUCAUAGUGAUGUCGUUGUCGCCACAAUCGUUGGCGAUGAUGUAAGUCAUCUUGUGAAGCAAACCGGAAAGGGGUCAAGACCUCACCUUCACCAUCUGGACCACGAAGACCAACUGCUGGACAACUGGGAUUUGGACGCUGAGCCAACGAGCGCCGCUGCAUAUAUCGGUGCCUGGGGCAUAGUUGCUGCGCUCGAGAACGGUGCAGAUAUUGUCAUCUGCGGCCGAGUGACGGACGCUUCGCCGGUAAUUGGCGCGGCAGCAUGGUGGCACGGAUGGUCUCCAAGGUCAUAUGACGAGCUGGCUGGAGCAUUGAUUGCAGGCCAUCUCAUCGAGUGCGGACCGUACGCUUGUGGGGCCAACUUCAGCGGUUUCAAGGAGUUUUUGCCAGAACUUGUUGACCUCGCAUUUCCGAUCGCCGAAGUUCAAUCGGACGGUUCCUGCUUCAUCACCAAGCCGGAUGUUAUGAACGGGAUUGUAAACCGUUUCAACAUAACAGCCCAGUUGCUUUACGAGCUGCAAGGCGAGCUGUACCUGAACCCUGACGUCGUGGCCGAGCUUUCCAACGUACAGAUCACCGAGUCUGGUGCCCCAAACAGAGUCUACGUGUCCGGAGCGACCGGCUUACCUCCACCACCAACCACCAAAGUCAUGGUCGCAGCACCUGGCGGCUACCAAGCCGAAACCACCUACUACCUCAAUGGCCUUGAUAUCGCCGCCAAAGCUCAGAUGAUGCAGAACCAGCUGGCGCACAUCUUCAAAGGCAACAACUUCUCCAAGUUUUCCGCCGAAGUUUACGGCACGCAAGCCGUAGAGCCAGCGUCGCAGCAAGAAGGCACGGUCAUGCUUCGGGUCUUCGCUCAAGCAAGGCGCAGAGAAGACAUCAGUGCGGAUAAGUUCCGCAUUCCCAUAUACUCGCUACGCAUGCAGAGCUAUCCUGGAUACCAUAUGAACCUGGAUUUCCGGACAAUGGACCCGAAACCGUUCAUGGAGCUUUUCCCCGCCGUGCUUCCGCUUACCGCGGUUGACCACAAGAUGUUGAUACCGAGACUGGGUAAGGAGGUGUCGAUUGCGCCGCCGAAGGAGACGAAGGAGUACCCAUACGUACGACCUUCGUACGAGACGGCGCAUCCCAUGGAUCUGGCGACGUUCGGACCGACUGAGCGAGAACCGCUGGGCGGUAUUGUGCAUGCCCGGUCCGGAGACAAGGCCAAUAACUCGAAUGUUGGCUUCUUCGUGCGGCAUGAAGACGAAUUCCCUUGGCUGCAGUCGUUGUUGACCGUGAAGAAGUUGGUAGAGCUUUUAGGCAAGGAUUAUGCUGGGCAGCGCAUUGAAAGGGUCGAGUUCCCACUUAUUCAUGCUGUACAUUUUCGCAUAUUGGACUUUUUGGACGGAGGCAUUGCGAGCUCGGCCAGGAUCGACGGGUUGGGAAAGGGAGUUGGCGAGUACCUGCGUUCGAGGCACGUAGACGUGCCGAUUGCCUUCCUGAAGCGAGGUCGCAUUGGCGAGACGAUUCCUGCAUCGUGUGCAUGA